CUUUGUGUGAUAAUUGCAUGAUUCGUUGAAUAUUAGGCUGAAAAUAAAUUCAACGUGAAGCUAGGUGUCCUUCAGCCUUACAGAGGUUGCGACUCAGCCUUGUCCAUUUUUAAAAUUAUUUCUUUCGGGGAAGGGAGAAACUCUAGAACUUCUUCAUCACAAAUACAACAAUUAGCCAUAAUGAGUACCAAAAGAUCGCCCUUCCUCUACCCUGGAGCAAUCUCGUCUUCAGAUCAAUUGGCAAUAUUACAUUUAAAACGGGACCUCCAAACUCCAACAAUUCUGAAGAGCACUGAUGAAAAGGAUGAAGGAUACGCGGAGGGAAAGGUAACCAACACUCGGUUUGGAUCUUUUCCGCAUACCACUUUAAUUGGAAUACCAUGGGGAACUCAAGUACUUGCAUCAAAAGUCGACACUGGAUCUAGAGGACGCAGAGGUGAUAAGAAACGGAAACGAGAUGAUGUUGAAACUGCCGAUACGCCUCAAGCCGCGGAACUCAUUACAGAAAAUGCGGAAGAUAGGUCCUCAACGCCUACCAGCGCAACGAAGGAGGUGGCGGAAGCAGUAGCUGCUGGAAGCGGAUUCAUACACUUCCUACCACCUACGCCAGAAAACUGGACCAAUUCAUUACCACAUCGAACGCAAGUUGUAUACACGCCUGAUUACAGUUAUAUUUUACAUCGUAUACGCGCAAGACCUGGAACUAGUUUAAUCGAAGCGGGAGCUGGUAGUGGAUCUUUCACACACGCAUCGACAAGAGCUGUAUUUAGCGGAUAUCCUGAUAAACAUACAACAAAGAAGCGCAAGUUGGGGAAGGUCUGGAGUUUCGAAUUUCAUGAACCGAGACACGCAAAACUGGUUGAGGAAUUAGAAGAGCAUGGGUUAGAUAAACUUGUAGAGAUUACACAUCGAGAUGUAUGUGAAGGAGGGUUUCUGGUGGAUGGAAAAAGUCCAAAGGCCGAAUCUAUAUUUCUGGAUUUACCUGCUCCAUGGUUGGCACUUCCUCACCUCACUAGGUCUCCUCCGCCUCCUAUUAAGAACCCCAACGGCGAGCUGGCACCAUCGAGGCCCAUUUCAGAACCAUUCGUUUCCGCUCUGAAUCCCGAAGCACCAGUCCAUCUAUGUACCUUCUCUCCCUGUAUCGAACAAGUCCAACGAACCAUAUCCGUCAUGCGACAACUUGGCUGGGUUGAUAUUGAAAUGGUAGAAUUAUCUGCAAAGCGCUUUGAGAUUCGUAGGGAGAGAAUAGGUAUCGAUAAUGGAGUGCAAAGAGGCCUCCAAACUUCGCCAGCCAAUGUUGAAGAAGCCGUUGCUCGAUUAUUAGAAGUUGAAACUGGGCAUCAAAGUUUCCACAAGAAAGGCGAUGCCCCAGGCAAAAUGCCAAGACAGAAUCCAAAUACAAGGGAUACAUUGAUAAAGAGCUUGGUUGAGGGCAAGAUUUAUAAGGAAGGAAAAUUAAUACAUAAGACAGAGCCAGAAGUCAGGACUCACACUUCGUAUCUGGUCUUUGCGGUGUUACCGAAGGAGUGGAGCGAAGAGGAUGAGAAGAAAGCCAGAGAGAAGUGGGAGGUAAACUUCAAUGGCGAACCGGAGGUCAAUGCAACGAAACAGAGUGAAUUGCCGAUGAGUAAAAGGCAAAUGAAGAAAGCAGCGAGAGCCAGUCAUGUCAAACCUGCCACUGCUGCUGCUCCGCUAGUCGGCGAUGGAACGGCAAUUGUAGAUGGAGCAAAUGGAUUGAUCAAAGAGGAGACUGAAACAAAUGUUGAAGGCUAGGCUACAGAUAGGACAUAAAGAAUAUUCUGAGCUCUACCUCCUAGUUUACCCGCAUAAUUUCACUUACGCCCCUCCUACACCCCAUAGCGGAUGAGUUGGUCAUGUGAAAAAAAGGUUGCGUAUGCCUAAAUUCUUCUAGCAGAGAAAUUCAAUGGAAGAAUAACUUGAAACUCCGCCCAACUAUAUAUACUUUUCUUACCCAGCCCGUUUUAACAUCGAAGUCUACCGAUCAAGAUUGCCUGCAAUAUAGGAAGUGACGUUUCCCACAUUUUGACAAAAAGGGCAUACAU